AUGGGUCACGCCGCCGUCUGGAACUCUCACCCCCGCAAGUUCGGUCCUGAUGCCCGUAGCUGCCGCCGCUGCGGAAACAACCACGGUCUCAUCCGCAAGUACGGCCUCAUGAUGUGCAGGAGGUGCUUCAGGGAGCGCGCUGAGGAGAUCGGUUUCCUCAAGGUAUGUCUUUACCGGUUCUUAGUGCUGAUUACCUGUUCUCACCGCCUUUUCCCCUCUCCAAUUCGCGCAGAUGAGGUAAAUGCUCAUUCGUGUCCCAAUAAACCAACCAUUUUGAGCUGGCCCCGAAUGCCCAAAAUGUCCCCCCGGAUCUGA